UGCGCCUCAGCCGCGGGCUUUUAGCUACUUUUAGCCCACUCCAAUUUUUCUGCGUCCCGGUUAACGGGGUUUUUACUUCACCGAACGUUUUAAAACGUCACGAUGGUAUGGUUUGAAAAAUCACGAUUUUCGAUAAAUUUGUCACAUUUUAAAAUAUCGUGAGUUCUUGAUUACAUAUCUUCUGCGAGUACUUUGGUGAAUUUUUUUUGAUAAGAACAAUAAGAAUAUGAUCUUGGCUUUUCAUUGUUCGAGUAGUACUUGCAAUUGUGUCGAACGAUUCGUCUAAAGCUAUGUUACUUGUUAUAUCAACAAUUUACGAAACUUUGUUAACCCCGGAAAUUUGUGUUUGGCAAUACGGGGACUUGUAUGUAUGAGCUGCAUAAUUAUAUUAAAUAAUGAGAAUCAACGCAACGAAAAUGAGUACUCCGAUCGAGGAGAAGAUUGAUCAGAAGCUGAAGGUGAGGACAGGGAUGGUGAGUGUUAGUGAUGGAAAAAGUAAGUCAGUACCAAUGCGUUUACAUCUGUCUAUGGAAGUUUUAAAGCUCCAAAGGGAAGAUUUAGAGCAGACAGCAAAUCAUAAUAAACCACCAUUAGAUGCUAAAGAGAGAAUGGUGCAAAUCACUAGACAAAAGGUUGGAGGAUUAGGAUUAAGCAUAAAGGGAGGAGCAGAGCAUAAACUUCCUGUACUCAUAUCUAGAAUUUAUAAAGGUCAGGCAGCUGAUGAAUGUGGUCAACUAUUUGUAGGAGAUGCAAUUAUUAAAGUAAAUGGAGAAUAUAUAACUGCAUGUAAUCAUGAUGAUGCUGUUAACAUUUUGAGAAAUGCAGGUGAUAUAGUAGUUUUGACAGUAAAACAUUAUCGUGCAGCAAAGCCAUUUUUACAAAAAAAUGAAAAAGAAGAGAAAUUAGAUAAUGUUGCAAAUGGAGGUUCAGAAGAUGAAUGGUUAUCACCUAACAGACAAAGUGGUAGUCCUAGAUGUGGUCAUAGUAGACAAAGUUCAAAUGCAUCAGCCACUUCAAUGCAAUAUAAGAAAUGGAUAGAUGUUAUAACAGUUCCAUUAAUGAUGGCUUAUGUGACAAGAUACAUCUUUGGAACAGAUAAGUUAAGAAGAAAUGCGUUCGAAGUAAGAGGAUUAAAUGGUGCACGUACUGGUGUAAUACACUGUGAUGAUAGUGCUAUUCUGAGUCAAUGGUUAAAGUAUAUAACUGAUAAUAUUACAGGAUUAACACAUUUACAGAUGAAAUUAUAUAAUCGUAAUUUUGGAGUCGGUGAACGUAUAGAAUACAUGGGCUGGGUUAAUGAAGCAGUAAGCAAUAGUAAUCAGCCAUGGCAGAGUUAUAGACCGAGAUUUUUAGCACUGAAAGGACCCGAUUUGUUAUUAUUUGAAACGCCCCCUUGUAAUAUAGGAGAUUGGUCACGAUGUGCAUUAACUUUUAAAGUAUAUCAAACAAUGUUUCGUGUAAUGCGAGAGUCCGAAAAUGUAGAUGAAAGACAGCACUGCUUUUUAGCACAAAGUCCGGGUAAACCUCCACGAUAUCUAAGCGUUGAAACUAGACAAGAACUCUUAAGAGUUGAGGCAGCAUGGCAUACUGCAGUGUGUUCAGCUGUUACACAUUUGAAAAGUAAAACCUUUCCUGUUACUUUUAAUGGAAGGAGCGCAGGAUUAACCUUAGAAUGGACUCAAGGUUUUACACUUUCUUAUGAAGAUAUUGGAGAGACUGUAUGGCGUUAUAAAUUUUCACAAUUAAGAGGAUCUAGCGACGAUGGAAAAAGUAGACUGAAGUUACAUUUUCAAGAGUUGGAUAGUAUCGCUAUUGAGACAAAGGAAUUGGAAUGUUCUCAGUUGCAGAAUUUAUUGUUCUGUAUGCAUGCAUUCUUAACUGCGAAGGUUGCUGCAGUUGAUCCAACAUUUUUAACAUCAACAACUCCGUAAGAAUCGAAGUAAGUAUUAUUGCCAAAUAAAUCACAGAGGAAAAUAGAUCACUAUUCAACAUUCAUAUAUUUGCAUAAACAUACAGAAAUAUUCUAGUUAAUAAAUUAGAUCAAAGAUAUGUCAAGUACUAGUCAAUUUUUGAGAAAGAUAUUUAUCAUUUUUGAAAAAAUUAUAUAAAUGUUUUACUUUACUGCCUCUAGUUUUAUUUGUAUGGAAUAUUGGUGAACUUCUAUAGUUAGCAAUAUUAAUUUCCUCGAGUUAUUUUAUUUAUAUAUAUUAUGUAUUUUAUGUUAUUUUAUGUAUACGUGUUAUUAUGUACCUUGCUAUUAAUUAAGCACUGCUAUUUAUUUUUUAUACUUCAUAGAUUAGGUCGAUUAUAAAAUACAGAUAUUGUUGUUUUACUUUUAGGAAUGUUUUAUAUGACAUUGUUUUAAUAUAGCAGUCAUAUUUUGCAUUUAUUACGAAAAAAAUGUCAGAAUUUAAAAAAAAACUCGCGCUCGUUCAUGAUUUUUAAGUUCCAGUGAUAAGGCAAUCUCUCUUGAGCAAUAAGUUGUACAUUCAAAUUUCCUUUCAUGUAUAUCGGGUGCCUUAAAAACCAUGAACAAGAUGUAAUUAAUAAGUUUAAAAAGUUGAUAAGUUAAGCAUCGAAGUUGAAUAGUUCUCUAGAACAGCAAAUCUUAUGCAUUUAAUACCAACAAGUAUGUAUUACAUUAGAAAAUUUCAUUUUAUGUUAAAAACCGAUAUUUAAGAUUACAUUAGUCUGAUAUUAAUUUCAAAUCAGUAUUAUUCGAGCGAAAUCAUUAAAAUCAUGGUGUAAUAAUCUGAUAGCAAUAAGUAGUAACAAUAGACCAUGGUGGCCAUCUAUUAAAAAAUUUUAUUUAUAAAUAUAUAAAUGAUGGAGGAUAGAUUACGAAUUGUAGAAGCUUAUCAUUGAAUGAGCUUUGUAAGUAAUUAAAUUGCUAAUUAUCUCUUUUUAAAUUUUAGCAGUGCAUUUUUAUAUGGAUCUUGAUUUGUGCAUACAACAUUAAUUUAAAAAAGAUAGUUUCAAUAUUUUAAGCUUCGUUUGUUGAAUAUUUUUUAUUUUUUCUACAUGAGAAUUCUAUUGUAUGAAAGUUUCUUAUUACAUCGCAAAACUUCAUUUUCCUUCAUCACAUUUAAAAGCUAUAAUGUUACCAAGUACAUUAAAGUAACUUUUGGAACAAGUAUCACACCUUGUGCAAUUAAUCUAUCAAUUUACAAAUCUAUUUAGAGCAAUAAAUGUAUAAUGAAUGAAGAAACAAAACAAAUGCUGUUUAGAUUACAAACUGCACUUUGUAUUAACCAUGAUACACGAUUUUUAUAGUUAAGAUAUUAUGAGAAUUUUAUCAUAACCGUCUCAAAAAACUAAUAAAACUAUGUGUGCUUACAACUAUAUGUAUAAGUAUAUUCUAUUUAACAAUUAGUUAUUCGACUUUCUUAGUUAAUUUACUAUUUUAAAAAAGACAUAUUUUUAGCACCUACAUAGAAAUGGAUUUUAAUAAUAAGAAAGUUGUUGAAAAUUUCAUUUUUAUUGCACAUUUUAAAGGUCUCCAGUUACUUGUAGAAAGUGCCUAUAUUAAUAUAUAUAAUACAAUAGCAAUUAUACAAAAGAGCAUUAUUAUUUAAAAUUAAUCUUGUUUAUUUUAUUCUUAUUAUAUUAUCAGAGCGUUACCAUGGUCAGAAUUUUAGAUACUAUAGUGGUUUAUCAUUAAAAGGCACUCUAGAAAGAUCACAUUAUUAUAUUCAAGUGUUUCAUAAUGUGUUUUGUAAUUUGGAGUUUUUUUAUCUUUUAUGCUAUGUUAUGUUUUUCAUGUUCAUUUAAGAAACGACCAUAUGCAUAUAAUAUUGAACAAUAAUACAAUUUAGGGAUUAAGUAAAACUUAAUGCUGAAUUUAAUUACAGAAGCAUUGCGGUGAAUUUUGAUAAUUUUUAAUGCUGUUAGAGAAAGAGACGAAAUAGUCCAAAGAAACGAGAAUACAGGGAAGUAUUGUUUGUAGGCAAUCACUUGUUAGACUCGCAAUUUAAUAAAAGUGUAAUAUCUGAAAAAAACAGAAAAGUAUUUCCAAUACGAGUCAAUGCAUCCUUAAAACAAUUGUAAUUAUUCCUAAGCAACUGUAAUUACUAAGUGCAGAAUAUGUUGCAAUAUUCUAUGAUACUCCUGUUUUUUUAUUGUACACAUGCAUCGCGUGCAUUCUAUAGUUAAAUUUAGAUUAUUAUUAAAAAAAAAACUGCACAACUAGAUUAAAUAGAUGAAAUAAGCAAGACAUGAAAUUAAACUGCGAGAGUUAAGCAUAAUGUAUUUAUUUGUUAUGAAUCAUUGUUUUAAAAACUACAUUUUCAAAUGAGAUCAUUGGAGAAUCCCCCAUGUGAAAAUUUGUAAUUUUUUAAAGAUCAUAAUAAGUAUUUAUUUAUGUAUAAAUGUAUAGAGUAUGUUAAAUAUAUGCGAUGUUGUAAAUUUUAAGUUGAAAUAACACAAGAUCUGUAUCAUAAUUUUUUUAAAUUAUUUAUUACAAUAAAGUAUUGUAUUGUAUUUAAUGAGCUUGCACAAUAUUAUAAUAUUUUAGAGGAUUCUACAAUGCAUUGGCAUUUGCAUAAGUAUUUGAAAUCAUUCUGUGCUAGACACAAAUAUCAGUGUAUAUAGAGAAACAUGGCCAUACAUUUU